AUGUGCGUAAAAGACUACCCAAUCUACGCCUGCGGAAAAGAAUUAUUUCCCGGGCCCGCUCCAAGCCGAGAGUACCCCUGCGGCAAAAACUGCAAGAGUUGGGAAAUUGGUCGGUACCAGUCUGAGCAGUAUUGCAUGAGUCCGCGCUGCGACGUUUGUAUUCAGAAAAUACAGCCCAAGACGGCGAAGUGGACGGAUCCGCAGCAUUCCCGGUAUUAUGAUUCGUAUGGGACUGUUCCUCCUGUGAGUGGUGGUGGUGGUGAUGGACAGGUUGAUCCGGGGUAUGGUGAUCCGUCAGGAUAUGGAGGUUAUGGUGGUGGUGGUGGUGGUGGACAAGUUGAUCCGGGAUACGGAGGCGGUGGUUACGGAGGUGGAGAUCCCUCGGGUUAUGGUGGUUACGGAGGUGGUGAUCCUUCGGGCUCAGGAUAUGGCGGCGGUGGUAGCGUCCCUCCGAACCCAAUGCCGCGUCCAAAUCCGAAUCCGUUCGCUGGCGACAACCCGCCGCCGCUACCUUCGUGGCUGAGAGAUGACGUGGAGAAGAAGGGAAGUAAGAAGAGUAAGGGGAAGAGUCAUCGGAAGCAUAGGUAA